CAGUACACACCGGACCUGCCGGGUUAGUUAUAUUUGACGUACGCAUAGUCACGGCCAACAGUCGCAACAGAUUCGAAGCGCGCGGAUGUUUGUCAAUUGUAGAUCGCAGCAGCACAACCACCAUCAGAGAAUUGCUCAGGCACCACGUAGAAGAAGUUACAACAUGAGCGAUCCAGUUCAAUUUUUCGAGGGGGUCGAGAAACUCCUAGAGAUAUGGUUCGCGUCGAGUGACAAGGGAAAUCUAUCGGCCGAUCUGAGGAAAAUACCCAGGAAGGAGCUGGAGAGACUGCUCAAGAUUGUCAGGUGUGAAAUCAUCAGCUUCACAAGAAACGAGCAGAUAGACGCCUAUGUACUUAGCGAAAGUUCGAUGUUCAUCUCCAAACGUCGCUUCAUACUGAAAACUUGCGGGACAACUACGCCACUCCUGUGUCUGGAGCACCUCCUCAUACUGGCCGAGCAAUACGCUGGAUUCACCGAGGUAGAAGAUGUUUUUUACUCCAGAAAAAAUUACAGGAGACCCGAUUUACAGAUGACGCCACAUAAACAUUUCGAGCAAGAGGUAAGGCUUCUGGACUCCUUGUUCUCAGAUGGUGCAGCGUACUGUCUUGGUUCGGUAAACAGGGAUUGCUGGUACUUGUAUACUCUGAACCCGCCUACGCAGAGCUCUAUAAGAAGUCCCAUAACCGCCGAGGAACAGGACCAAACCUUGGAGAUCCUCAUGACAGACUUGGACGCCGACGUCAUGUCCAUAUUCACCAAGGAGGAAUGUUUGAACGCCACGGAAGCUACAAAGAAGUCUGGAAUCGAUAAGAUCAUACCGAACAUGGUCAUAGAUGACUUCCUGUUCGACCCAUGUGGAUAUUCCAUGAACGGGAUCAACAAAAACGGUUGCUAUAUGACAAUUCACGUAACUCCAGAGCCAGAAUGCUCCUACGUCAGCUUCGAAACCAACGUACCAGCUGACUCUUACAAAGAAAUAAUUGGGAAAGUGUUGAACACCUUCCAACCUGGGAAGUUCAUGAUAACCUGCUUCACGAGCGAGACCUCCAACCCUAAAGAAACCACCCGUGAGAUGAGGCAGCUCACGCAGCUUGGAGAAUACGAGAGGCAAGAUCUUCAAACCUGUCAUUUCAAGAACUACGAUCUCGUAUAUGCCUUCUUCUGUCGUUUUCCCAGCUGAGGGUUUCAGGAUAGGCAGCGUGAAAAUGCAGCUGUCGUCACAGUACCCCCAACCUCCUUUUCCCCCACUCCAAUCACCAAGAUCCAAUCUAUAUCCCUCCCACCGUCUCCCAUAAAAUGUUUACCAUGCUUAAAAAACUCCCAGUCAGUAUUUCUACUACAAAACUGUCAAUAUUCGAAACCUUAUUCUUUUUACAACUCACAAUGCUUUCCAAAGAUCUUUCCAGGCAUGCUCAAAGAUCCAGAUUAUAGAAAAUCCCCCAGUAUUCAUCACUUAACAGUUUAUUCCGAAAAUAUCCUAAGAAAUAUGUUGAAUUCGUUGUUAAAAUACAUGUUGGUCACUGAACAAAAUUCUAAAGUUGCUACAAACGCCGAUCUUUCUAAAAUGCUCGCAAAACUGAACAAAAAAAUCUCAGAUGUUAUCAGUGUGGUUGUGGAAAUGUUGGAGUUGCAGUACAAAUAUUGCCUCACGAAAAAGUUUGAACGCACAUUUCGAAAAUGUAUAAAGAGUAUUUCGUACGAGGAAAACUUUUUAUUCAUGUUAUUCUCGAUGCUUUUCGUUUUAUGUUCUGUCAUUUUUAUUCAAACGGAGUUUGAAUCUUUGUUAUUACUGUUUUCGUGGUGGAGGAACAAAAUAUCGUGAGAAACACUUUAAACCUUCGGACACUGUAGAACGUAGUGAUAUUUCUAAUUGUGAGUGAUCCACCUAUGAGGGUGGAACACACCACGUUUUCUUUUUUGAAAAUUCGAUGUAUACAACUAGAGUUAUAUUAAAACAAAAUUGAAACAAUCCUUAUACUUUUCUCAUGUAUAAGUCACAUUCAAUCCUCAGAAUAAGAUGCUCCAAUAUUUUUUCGCACAACUAUUAGAUAGUGUUAACUUUUAUUAUUUCUCAAAAUAAGUUUUUUUCUUUAUAAAACUUUCUGCUGUAUAUAACGGAUAUUUCAAAAGUUUCAAAAUCACUAUGUCUCACUGUGCCAGAAGGUUAAGUCAAUGCAGCGCAGAACUCAUCCUAUAUAUUUUCUUCAGAGAGAAGCGUACGAGAUAUUUCGGUUUUCUUUUUGUAUUUAAAACGAAGCAAGGUUGCCAUGGUCCACUGAAUUGUAUAUUAAACCUUGAAGUUAAAGUUAGGUUUACUCAUUUCCAAUGUUUCUUAUUCCAUGGUGUUCGAUGUACCUUGUUCUAGAGUUUCAAAGAUGAGAUUUUUAGGGAAAGAACUCCCGAUGGUUGUUCUUUCGAGGAACUUUUUCAAAAUACAGUGUCAUUCCUUCGAGAUUUGAUACUUCGAAAAUUUUUUGGAGACUGUGAAUCUCUGACAAUGCUAUAUGAACAAAUACAGGUGAUAAGUCAAAUUAUUAGUUACACUAACAUAUUUUGGUGGAUUAAAUUCAAGUUUACACUCCUCAAAUUUCCACUUCUGUAGUUACUGUCUCUACAAAGUUCUGUACAGAAUCGAAAAUAAUGCAGUUAUUUCCCAUUCUACUUCAAAAUUCGUAUUCAAUAAAUGGUAACUAAUAACUUGGCUAUACACUGCUGUCAGUACAAAUAAUGCUACAACAAUGUAUUUAAUCUUGGCAUGAUGUUGAUACUACCACCCUUGUGACCUCAAAAAAUUGUUUCCAGACGACUGAGAAUGAUCGAGUCCUCCAAACUGUCAAUCACAAAUUUCUAAGUAUAUGUUAGAUGUCAGUUACUUCGACAUAUCAAUCUAUAUCCCUAAUAAAUAGCAGUAGAUCGCUUCAAAUUUGAGUUGAAAAAGAUAAACCACUAUACAUAUGUCCA